AUGCGGGAUGUGCCAGGACUGCUGGAUACAUGCGGUUGUAAUGUGGAGUGGUACGGGCGCGUCGCUGUAGCUAUAAGCGGUGAAAUAUCGAUUUUGGUGGCUGGUUGCGGUGUGUAG